AUGGAAGAUACCUUCCCGAACACUUCAUCCAGCGAAGAGAUCAGUCACGUUAGCUUCGACGCCAAAUCAUUCGCAGUGCGCAUCAAGGAGAACCAGCUUACUCUCAGCAGGGCUCGCGAGGACUACAAGCACGAGAGGAACUGUUGUGACGUCACAAUCCGUCUGCCUCGAGUGCAGCAGCAGCAGGCGGGGGGAUCGGGAGUCGGGGGAGGGGGCGAGUGCACUGUGAAGGCACACUCUGUGAUACUUGCAGCCUACAGUAACUACUUCCAUGGUGCAUUCACUUGUCCACUAGUCGAGAAACAGACCAAGGUGGUCACUCUCUCUCACCAAUGGAACGAGGCAGACCUCCUCACCAUCCUCGACAUGAUCUACGGGGGAUCCUUCGAACUGAACCAGGACAACGUGUUUGACGUACUCUAUCUCGCCGACUACCUCUUAGUCGAACACGUGACCGCAAUAUGUCUGGAGUACAUCAAAUCACACUUGACAAUUGAACAGGCCUUGGAACUCUGGAAGGUCGCGAAGAGAUCAGCAAACGCUCCUCUGAUCAAAAUAGCAAAGGAGUUUUCGUUGCGAAAGUUCUCAAAACUGGUUAAGAACAGAAACUCAGGACUCUAUGACCUGAAUAGCAAACAGCUGCUCAGCAUUAUUCGCCAAGAUGACCUCAAGAUUAGAAAUGAGAGAACAAUUCUAGACUGUGUUUAUGACUGGGCGGUCAGUGGACAGACGAGAGAGAGCGGAUCCCGCUUCGAAGACCCCAAUUUCUGCAAACUCGUCUGGCAAGGGGUCCGUCUCGGUCGAUUAACUCGCAAUCCAACUUGCAAUUGCUGCAGUUUCGCCACAAACCGGGUGGCGGAUUCGUGUAAAUGUUUCGACAUCGGAAAAGUAUGUCCCCUGCACGAACCGUCCUUUGAAGAUUACCCAAUGUUGAAUACACAUGUUCAGUCGUGCAGCGAUUGUAAGAACUCAUUGGAACGACUCAGCAAUCAGCAGACUUUCCAAGAAUUCCCGACAAAUGCUUGGAAACAAGACCCAGUGAGCAGUAUGUGGUACAAGCCGAGAACCAGUUAUGAGACUGUCGUUGCGGUCGGUGGGUGGAACGAUAAUUCUCCCACGGCAACUAUGCAAAUCUACAACCCGCAGGCGAACUCGUGGAUCAAGAUUGCCGGCGACGAACGAUCGGCUCGGGCGUAUCACGGACUAGUAGAACUUAAUGGUCUUCUUUAUUGUGUCGGAGGUUUUAAUGGCACUGAAAGAUUGAAUACAUUACUAUGUCUGGACAAUAAGACACUGCAAUGGAUUGAGAAAAGUCCGAUGCAUGAGAAGAGGUGUUAUGUUAGUGUCGUGUCUCUGAAAGGGUUCAUUUACGCCAUAGGAGGCCAUGACGGGACCACGAGACUAAAAACAGUGGAAAGAUAUGAGGCCUGUUCGAACCAGUGGACUAGGAUGCCGAGCAUGAGUUUGGUGAGGAGCGACGCCUGUGCGACCACCAAGGACGGCAGAAUAUACGUGAUCGGAGGAUUCGACGGGGACAGUGUGCACAAUGCAGUCGAAGUGUUCGACCCCGAUGACCAGACAUGGACAUUCGCCGCAUCUCUCUCAUCCCCAAGAUCUGGCGUACGUGCUAUUAGCUGCAAAGGAAAACUGUGUGUCAUCGGGGGUUUUAAUGGAGAGAGAAGACUGAAAACGAUCGAGAUUCUGGACGAACAAAAAUGCGUGUGGGAACUACAAGAUGGUUGCAUGUCCGUCGCCAGGAGCAACUUCGGAAUCGAAGUGUUCGGAAAGUACGUUGCCGUGUUCGGAGGUUACGACGACGAGCGACGUCAGACAACUGCGGCGUGUGAGGUGUUCUGCUUUGCCGAAGGAGCGUGGUUCCCGAUUGCGCCGAUGCCGAUCACGGCUGGCUGCAGUGCAUUAGCAGUUGUCACGAUCAAAAAGAUGAAUGCUCAUUUCGAUUUCGUACCAAGAAGCUCGGCAGAAUCUGAAAAAUCGAGGUAG